AUGGGGCUGGAGGUCUCGCCGAGCGUCCCUUCGAAGCCGCCGCUCUUCAAACUGAGGAAAGUUCGCAAGCGGCGGGAGAUGCUGCUGCAACAGCUGGGCUUCAUCUGCGCGGUCCUCUUUUUCGUUUGGUGCAUGUCCGAGCUAGGGCAAGAGUCAGCUGUUGUCGACCAAAGUGUUCUGUCAGAAUUAUGGAGGAAUAGAAGAUUGAUGGCAUCCAGUAAUGAGUCACACAAACAAAAGAACUGCACGGAGCCAGCGAUUCAUGAAUUUCCUGAGGAUUUAUUCAAAAACAAAGAAAGGCAGCAAGGAGCAAUAUUGCUUCAUAUUACUGGUGCUCUGUAUAUGUUUUAUGCCUUGGCUAUUGUAUGUGACGAUUUCUUUGUUCCAUCUUUAGAAAAAAUUUGUGAGAAACUACAUCUGAGCGAAGAUGUCGCAGGAGCCACAUUUAUGGCUGCUGGAAGUUCAACCCCCGAGUUAUUUGCAUCAGUCAUAGGUGUAUUUAUUACUCAUGGUGAUGUAGGAGUUGGAACCAUUGUCGGUUCUGCCGUUUUCAAUAUCCUCUGCAUUAUUGGUGUCUGUGGAAUCUUUGCUGGGCAGGUGGUCCGUCUCACUUGGUGGUCUGUGUUCAGGGAUUCUGUCUACUACACUCUGUCUGUAAUAGCACUUAUUGUGUUUAUAUAUGAUGAGAAAAUUGUAUGGUGGGAAAGCCUUAUACUCAUCAUUAUGUAUUCCUUCUAUAUACUUAUCAUGAAAUACAAUGUGAAGAUGCAGAACUUCUUUACUAUCAAAAGUAUGAAUGUUGGGAAUGGCAACACUGUGAACAGCGAACUGGAAGAUGGUAAUGAAUAUUAUGACCUUAGCUGUGAUGAUCCAUCCAUACCAUUGCUACAGAAAGUGAGAGGAACGCAAGAGCAUGGACGCAAUUCUGUGGUGAUGGUCGAUGAGAUUAUUUGUUCCAGUCCUCCGAAAUAUCGCUUCCCUGAAGCUGGCUUGCGAAUAAUGAUUACCAACAAAUUUGGGCCAAGAACCAGACUACGGAUGGCAAGCAGGUUAAUUAUUAAUGAGCGCCAGCGUCUAAUUCAUUCUUCCAAUGGCCAGUUGAUUCAGAAUGGGAGACAUGAGAAUAUUGAAAAUGGGGCCAUCCAUGUUGAUAACCAAGAAGAAGGAACAGAACACAUUGUCCUGUCUCCAUUUUCACCACCAGAAGGAAAAAUGGACAAAGUCAAAUGGAUCCUGACCUGGCCACUGAUAUUCCUCCUCUUUUUCACCAUCCCAAACUGCAGCAAGCCACGCUGGGAGAAUUUUUUCAUGCUGACAUUUGUCUUUUCCACACUGUGGAUUGCUUUGUUUUCCUACUUUAUGGUGUGGCUGGUAACAGUGAUUGGUUACACUCUAGGGAUACCUGAUGUUAUCAUGGGCAUUACUUUCCUAGCUGCAGGAACUAGUGUACCAGACUGCAUGGCCAGCUUAAUAGUAGCAAGACAAGGAUUAGGUGACAUGGCAGUGUCCAAUACAAUUGGAAGCAACGUGUUUGACAUUCUUGUGGGGCUUGGAGUACCAUGGGGCUUACAGACUAUGGUGGUUAAUUAUGGCUCAUACGUUAAGAUAAACAGCAAAGGACUAGUUUAUUCUGUUGUGCUUCUUCUGGGGUCUGUAGCUCUUACUGUUGGCGGGAUCCACUUAAAUAAAUGGAAACUUGAUAAGAAAUUGGGCAUAUAUGUGCUCACCCUCUAUGCCAUUUUCUUGUGUUUCUCAAUACUGAUAGAGUUUAACGUCUUCACUUUUGUCAACUUUCCAAUGUGCCGAGAAGAUGACUGA